CUACCGCUUUCGCUUUGGCUAGAAUAUUGGUCUUCGUUCUUCUCACACUUCUCAACACACCAACCAACCAAAGCUUCUUGUUGCAGUUAGGUGUGUAUGUAUCCACUAACCAUGGCGUUUUCAUCCUCAACUCAACUGCUUCAAUCUCACAACCCACUUUCUAAUCUUCAGGGUAAUUUUAGCCAAGAUGCGUUGUCUAUGGUUCAAAGGUCACAUACCGUGUCACAAAUUGGUUACAGUAAAUCAUUGUCAUUAAAAUCACAUGUUGCUUUUAGGUUUUCUGCCACGCAACAAUUUGGAGCAAGAUCAAUUUCAUAUAGUAGGAGAAUCACAUGUGCAGCAGCUGCUGAAAAUGUUCAAGAGCUGCAAGCCAAAGUUACUACCAAAUGUUUCUUUGACGUAGAAGCUGGGGGUGAAUCUUUGGGCAGAAUUGUUUUGGGCUUGUUUGGAGAGGUUGCUCCUAAAACAGUUGAAAAUUUCCGUGCUUUGUGCACAGGAGAUAAAGGAUAUGGUUACAAAGGAUGCUCCUUCCAUCGUAUAAUCAAAGAAUUCAUGAUUCAGGGAGGGGACUUCACCGAGGGAAAUGGAACCGGUGGAGUUAGUAUCUAUGGUUCUAGUUUCGAAGAUGAGAGUUUUGCAUUGAAGCAUGUUGGUCCUGGAGUUUUGAGCAUGGCAAAUGCCGGUCCUAAUACCAAUGGUAGUCAAUUUUUUAUUUGCACUGUUAAGACUCCGUGGUUAGACAAUCGACAUGUCGUGUUUGGACAUGUUAUUGAUGGAAUGGAUGUUGUGAGGACACUUGAGUCUCAGGAAACAAGCAGGUUAGAUAUCCCUAAAAAGCCUUGCAGAAUUGUUAAUUGCGGAGAACUGCCCAUAGAUGGUUGAUACUUAUGCGGGAGUGCAUCACAUGUUUCCGUUUGAGUACAAUUUUCACUCUUUAGAAUGUUUCCUAGUGAUCAUGUUAGCGAGUUUGAAUUAUCAUCGGUUGCUGCAGAAUGGAUUGUCAUUUGGAGACACAGCAGAAAUACAACACUGAUCUUUUUGUUUUACUAGACUAAUGUUAAAUCGAUAGUUUUGCAUUUUUCAGUUGCUUUUAUUGUUUACAUUUGCAAAUUAUUCAUUUUCAUGAUCCCCAAUUA